AUGGCUGACACAAACGGGAAGAAGAGCGAAAUCACCCUCAAGCCGGCACCUGAAUACAUCACAAUUGACCCGAAUGCUAAGCCGGGGCCCAAGAAUGGCCACUAUUCUGAGCUCGACCCCGUAUUUGCAUCUUUCAAAGAUGCCACGGACGCUGCUAUCGCACAAGUAUGGCAAUGCCCAGACUGGACAACCUUCAGACAAGCUUGGAGACUUCCUGGCCCAUUACCAGAGGGCUGCCCACAGGAAGGCAAGGAUGCUAUCUCGACCUAUGAAUACGUGACGGUCCGAGAUGGAGCAAAAGUUGAGAUAAAAAUCAUGAAGUCGCCCAAUGUUCAGAAGGAUGCGACGCUUAUACUGCGAACCCACGGUGGAGGCUGGGCUGUGGGCUGGCACGGCACCGAGGAGGGCGAAAAUUUGACUGCGGCAGCACACCCCGAGGUUGUGCUUGUCAGUGUCGACUACAGGAUGGCUCCCGAGUACCCUUUUCCAUACCCUGUCAAUGAUAGUUUCGAUGUUCUCUUAUGGUGCAAAGAGAAUGCUUCUAAGCUAGGGGUGAACCCAGAGAGAAUCAUACUUCUAGGAGGCAGUGCAGGCGCAGGUCUGUCUGCUGUACUUGCUCUGAAAGCGCGAGACGAGGGUGUGACUGGAAUCAUCGCUCAGAUGCUGGACUAUCCGGUCACAUGUCAUCCAUCAUUCUUCCCCAAGGACAAGUACGAGCUCAACAGCUACGUUCAAAAUCACGACGCAACGAUUGUGGACGCUGUGAAGAUGGAGUUCUUCUGGGAUCUAUACCAAAAGCCCGCUCAGCCAGACCCGUACCACUCGCCACUCUUGGCAAAGUCUCUUAAGGGCCUGCCACCUGCUUUCAUUCAAGUUGCUGGUGCUGAUCCACUUCGAGACGAAGCUAUAGCAUAUGCCGAGGCCCUCCAAGAGGCUGGAGUUCCUGUUGAGCUACACGUCUACAAAGGACUUCCGCAUUUCUUUUCCAAUGGAUUCCCAAUGAUUCCGCAGGGUAUUGAAUAUCUAAAGCGCCAAGAUGAAUACAUGAUGAAAGCGAUUAAAUAA